CCUUAAAUAUUUUAGCAUUCAUUGUCUAUUAUCCGAACUGUAUUGAACGUGCGCCAAAAUGUCGGAAGAAAAUACAGAAAAUCACAUUAAUGAAGAAAAAGUAGUUUCUUCUAAAAUAGAAGAGAAUUUGUGUCUGAAGUCAGUGAGGGUGACCAUCAAUUUAAUGAUCCAUGUCUUAAUAUCUCUCGUUGUGUUCGUAUGUCUGUGGUUCGCCUGCAGCUCUGGAAUCACUUUCUUUAAUUUACACAUCAUUCUAUGUGUUCUUGGGUACCAAUUCUUCAUGUGCCAUGCGACCCUGGUUAUAUCGCAGUACAACGCUUGCACAAUGUUCAUAGCUCGUCGAUACAAGAAGCAUCUGCAUUGGGUACUCCAAGUGUUUGCUGUUGCUAUGGUUACCACGGGAACCGUGUUUGUGAUACUACAGAAAGACACCCACUUCACAUCUAUUCAUGGGAUACUUGGUUUAGCGGCCUUGGUGUUAGCGUUCGUCAGUUUACUAAAUGGGGUCCUGGUGAUGUUUUCCCACAAGGUGUCUUCUUCUGCCAUCGGAAAGUUCUGGAUUAAGUUCUUCCACUACAUCAGUGGUGUUGCUACUAUAUUUUUGGGAACUGGAAGUCUCUGUGCGGCCUUUAACUAUAACUCAUUCAGGACUUGGACUGGUGAAGGAGAUGCCUUCAUAAUAGCGCUCAUGGCUUUAACCUGCCUCUUCACUGUACUGAUAACCUUGGACUUUUGGAUUGCAACAGCCAUUAAAUUCCGAACCCGAUCAAAAUAGAUAUGCUUUCAUCCUUAUUUGCGGAUAUGAUUAUAAAUUUGUUAUCAAAAUUCUAAACCAGUGAUUAAUUUUGUUGUAGCUGAUAUCGGUUUUAAUAAAUACCUAUUACAUUACGCACUUGUUUUUCUAGAAGUUUUCAUGGUGUCAUCCCUAUUGUACUUAUAAAAUAUUUAAGAGGUUUCAUAAACUUUCUAUACUUGUACUCUCUUGAAGUAAAAAUACGCAAACACAAACAUUAUUUUUGUACAAUCAUUUAUUUAACGUGCGAUGUUAGAUGUCUUCAGGUCCUGAGUAAAUUAGUUGGUCAUAGGUAGGCGUACUCCAUCGUCGGCCACAUCAUCGCUUACCACGUAUGUGUGUAAAGUGAAUUGUUGUAACUGAAUUUUGCUUUUGGAAGCUGAGAUAGUGGUUUAAAAUGACUCUAAGAUAUUUGUCUCACUCCUCCCAAGAGAUUGGCUUGCUAAACUCGGUGAUAGAGGAGUAGGACUAUGCCAGUGGAUUCGGAGCUUAACGAAGAGUCUCACCUGGCUUUUGUCGGGAUUAACUUCAAUUAUUCUUCAUCUCUGGAACCAGUCGCCGAGAGUGACUGCGCAGUUUUGAAGAGUACGAGCUAUGAAGAAAAGCAUUCAUUCUGAGUAGAACUUAUUUCCCUAUAUUGUCUAGGAACAGGCUAGGCUCUAUCUGGAACUGGGAACGCUAGGAUGGUAUCUAUAUCACUGAUGUGUCAAGAGGGGGGUAUACAAUAUAUGUGUGGUACCCUGGCUUUAAUUGGGCGGGAGGUUGCAAGCGCUUCUUCAAUGUGGUGUUGCAAAUAGAAAGAUCGAACCGAGAAAGAGACGGUCUGAUGCGCCAAGUUGAUAUUGCUAAAAAUCAAGCCAUUGAGCCAGGCUUUGUUGAAUAAUUUCGUAAUGUCGAAGAAUAGAGCCCCCAGCAUCAUGCCUGGCCUGACAUACUCGACGAUGCGGUUGGCCUGGUGGACACUAGAGCGGCGGGCUCGGAAGCUGAUUGUUGCGAGUGGAUUCGGCUCCUCCUCUCUAGCCUCUUUUCAAGGUUGUGGUAAAAUAUUGCUGGUCAUUGAAGCCACCAAGAGAACUAUGAUCAAGGCGGGGAGAAAUUAAAAACCCAGUUGAACAUUCUUUUUUUUUAUGGAAUAGGAGGCAAACGAGCAAACGAGUCACCUGAUGGUAAGCGAUCAGCGCCGCCCAUGGACACCCGCAACACCAGAGGAGUAACAGGUGCGUUGCCGGCCUUUUUUUUAAAAAAGGAGUAUGCUCUUUUCUUGAAGGUUUGAAGGUCGUAUCGGUUCGGAAAUACCGCCGACGACAGUUCAUUCCACAGUUUUGCUGUGCGAGGCAGAAAGUUGCGCGAGAAGCGCACAGUUGUGGCCUGCCAACCAUCUAUAUGGUGGGGAUGGAAAUGCUGUCGUGUGGGUCGAUGGCGAAAAGAAGCGGCAGGAAUAAGACCAAACAAUUCCUCAGAGCACUCCCCGUGGUAUAAGCGAUAGAAAAUUCUGUCUCGCUCUGGAGCUCAAAGUUUGUCUAAAUAACUUUUUAAUGUGUAUCUUAUAGUGUUAAAUAUACAAGACGUCUAACAUUCUAAAUAGUCUAGGACAAUUUAAGGACAAAUGUUUAUUUGUAGUCCAAAUAUGUAUUUGUUUCUUAUACGCCACAUUAGAUUAUUGGAAAGUCGGACGAGAAAACAUCCUAUUAUUAUCGUAAAUGACUCGAAGGGAUCAACGAUAACGUAUCUACUAGUCGAACAUUUAUGUCGAUGUCAGUGCGCUUGAUUGCACAGUGUCGCUCGUUCCGUGCAGUUGUUAAUUAACUAACAAAAUGUCAUCUCCACCAAAAGUUUCGUUCUACGUUGGCUGCAUGAAUACGAUUAACACCAUCGCUCAUUUAUUGAUGGGUGGAACAAUUUUCCUUACAUUUGCAGUGUCAGAUAUAUAUACACCAUCCAUUUUGUUGAGUCAACCCCUUUUGUUUGAAGCACACGUCGUUACGACUAUGAUUGGGGUUACACUACUUUGCAGUCAAGCGAUAUUAUCAGUUAACCCUUAUGCGGGAUUUGAAGACAACUUUAUGUACCCAAAGAAGUCGAAAAGUUACUGGAUAAUUCAAAUAAUUGGCUCUGUCUUGGUACUGUGCGGAGCUUGUAUCGGUGUAGCCCACGUCAGUGAAAUGAUACCAACAAUAAAUGAUACCCCCCUAAAAAUCGAAGAUUGGCCGUACCCGACACCAGGCAUAAGGUUAAAACACUUCAGUUCUGAUCAUGGAAUUAUAGGUUUCCUAGUGUUACUAUUGGCUGCCGCGAGUUUGGUAGGUGCCAUUGCAAACUUAGCAAUCAAGGAUAAAUUAAGUAGUGCAAUGAAGGCUUCGUAUACCGUUGUAGGAACUAUUACUAUACUAUUGGCCUACAUAGCUGUCAGUAUUAAAUUUGGCGAUUUUAAUAAGCUAUUGGAUUAUAUCGAACCGGAUCACGAGAUUGGAACUUUUUCUCUAGGUAUAAGUUUUGCUGUCCUAUCAUUAAGCGCAUUGUUGAUCAUGAUGGGCGCUCGAGUUUUUGUGACUCGUAGUAUUAACUUUUAAUUACAACUAAGUAUUUCAAUUUAAUUAUUUCUCACAUAUUAACUCUGAUCAACCAUCUGUUACAUAAGGUGAAAAUUCCAAUGUUUAUUAUUUUUCUCUAAAUGAUGACAACAAAAUAUCAAAAUUCUUUUAGACAUAAUACCGUUCUAAAAUGUCUUCCCCUAUAGUUUCAUCGUUGUUCGGUCGUGUCAGAGUAUCUUAGUUGUUCGAAUUAAUAAAUAAACUCAUAGAAUGAA